GGCGCGGCUGGUCACUCGCUCUUGUUGCAUCUCGCCCGGGCGGACGCGGCGGCGGCGGGGCGGGCGGCGGCCCCGAGGCGUCGGUGAAGGGCGCGCCCGCUGCCCGCCCGCCCCGCGCCCCGCAGCUCCGGCUGCCCCGGGAACGGGCUCGGUGCCGACGGGCCCCCCCGGCCGAUGGCGGCCCCGGCUCCGGGCUGCGGCCCCUAGUCCCGAGCAGAGCCUGCACGUCCAGCCGGGCUCCGCGGCGCGGGGCGUUUUGGGGGGGAAUGGAGGCGAUCGCCAGUCAGAUGGGAAAUGGGAGAGAUGCAAGCUCCUCCCCAAAUUCAAAGCAAGAGCUGCAGCCGUACCAGGGCUCCAAUACCCUCAAGCCCAACCAAGUGGGUGAGACCUCCCUGUACGGCGUGCCCAUCGUGUCCCUGGUCAUCGACGGGCAGGAGCGGCUGUGCCUGGCGCAGAUCUCCAACACGCUGCUCAAGAACUACAGCUACAAUGAGAUCCACAACCGGCGCGUGGCCCUGGGCAUCACCUGCGUGCAGUGCACGCCGGUGCAGCUGGAGAUCCUGCGGCGGGCCGGGGCCAUGCCCAUCUCCUCCCGCCGCUGCGGCAUGAUCACCAAGAGGGAGGCGGAGCGGCUCUGCAAGUCCUUCCUGGGCGAGCACAAGCCGCCCAAGCUGCCCGAGAACUUCGCCUUCGACGUGGUGCACGAGUGCGCCUGGGGCUCCCGGGGCAGCUUCAUCCCGGCGCGCUACAACAGCUCCCGCGCCAAGUGCAUCAAGUGCAGCUACUGCAGCAUGUACUUCUCGCCCAACAAGUUCAUCUUCCACUCCCACCGCACCCCGGACUCCAAGUACACCCAGCCCGACGCCGCCAACUUCAACUCCUGGCGCCGCCACCUCAAGCUCAGCGACAAGACGGCCACGGAGGAGCUGUCGCACGCCUGGGAGGAUGUCAAGGCCAUGUUCAACGGCGGCACCCGCAAGCGGACCUUCUCCCUGCAAGGGGCGGCCGCCGGCGGGCCCGGGGCCGGCUCCCCCGCCGCCAAGGCCGCCCUGCACCCGCCGCCGCCCCCGGCGGGGCUGGCGGGGCGGCACGGCGAGCUGGAGGGCUCGGAGCCCUCGGGCAGCGGCCGGAGCAGCGCCACCCCGCAGGAGGGCGCGGGCGCCGAGGGCGAGCGCUGCCCCAGCGCCCUGUCGCGGGCGGCGGGCGAGGAGGAGCGCUCCGGGGACGAGGCGCUGCUCGCCCCGCUGCCGCUGCCCAGGAAGGGCAGCUACCUGUCCGCCUUCCGCCCGGUGGUGAAGGACGCCGAGAGCAUCGCCAAGCUCUACGGCACCCGCGAGGCGUUCGGCGGCGCGGGCCCCCGCGGCCCCGGCUACCUCUCGCCGGACUUCCUGAGCGAGGGCAGCUCCAGCUACCGCUCGCUGUCCCCCGGGGGCGACACGGCCGAGGAGCCCGAGGUGGACGUGGAGUCCAACCGCUUCCCGGAGGACGAGGAGGAGGAAGCCGCCGCCGUCCCGCCGUGGCCCGGCGAGGCGGGGGCGCAGGAGGGCGGCCAGGGCCCCGAGGGCAGCCCCGAGCGCAGCGGCAGCAGCGGCGCCUACGAGGUGUUCGCGCCCGAGAGGGGGGAGCUCCUGCAGCCGCUGAAGCCCGCAGCAUCCCUGGGAGCCCCCGCCGCCUUCCUCUGCACCCCCGAGGCGAAGGAGCAAGAUAAAGAAGACAAUCACUCCGCGGCGGAGGAUUUAGAGAGCAGAAAAUCCUAUCAGGACCAAAGGAAUGUCUCUCAUCCCAGCCCUGUAAAUACCGACAGAGGCGAGGAAGGGCUGGCCAUGGAUGUCACCGGGACGCAGCUGCUGGAGAAGGACAUCGAGAACUUGGCCCGAGAUGAGUUACAAAAACUGGUCCUGGAGCAAAUGGAGCUGAGGAAAAAGCUGGAGAGGGACUUCCAGAGCCUGAAAGAUAACUUCCAGGACCAGAUGAAGCGGGAGCUGGCGUACCGGGAGGAGAUGGUGCAGCAGCUGCAGAUCGUGCGAGACACGCUGUGCAACGAGCUGGACCAGGAGCGGAAAGCGCGCUACGCCAUCCAGCAGAAGUUGAAAGAGGCUCACGACGCGCUGCACCACUUCUCCUGCAAGAUGCUGACCCCGCGGCACUGCAGCGGGAACUGCUCCUUCAAGCCGCCGCUGCUGCCCCAGUGA